AGCAUGAUCAGAUAAGACUUAACAUGGACAGUUUGUUAACAGUAGCAAAUUCACAACGGGAACAAUAGCAGAUAAUGCCUUUUAAAUGACAAGAGUGCUUUUGAUCUGAAGGGGGGCUCAGCUACUUUGAACGUCUACUUCUGCACCAGUUUGUUGCCUUAUACGAGUUAAUCCCUUCUUUGUCUUUGCAAGAUGUCUGUGAGAACUCUCCCCCUGGUUUUCAUUAACCUAGGUGGAGAGAUGCUUUACAUACUGGACCAACGACUGCAAGCUCUCAACACGUCUGAGGACAAUUCAGAGAAAGGAGUGUGGUCAGACAAUGACAGAAAAAGAGUUAUGACUGACAUUAUUGGGACCAUGUUUAGUAAAGACUUUAUGGAUGAACUUCUCAAACCUCAGCAGCUGUAUUCUCACAGGACACUGAGGACAGUGCUAACUCGGUUAGCGCACGCCUCCAUCAUGAGGCUGAACCCGGCCAGCAUGGACAAGCUUUACGAGCUGAUGAUCAUGGCGUUCAAAUAUCAGGUCUUCCUUUGUCCACGGCCUAAAGACUUGCUGCUCAUCACUUACAAUCACAUAGAUGCCAUCAGGGAAUUUGUAAAAGACACUCCUGUGGUCGUGAAUCAAGUGGACGAGACACAUAGGAAGAUCAUUGAGGUAUACUCAUCUUUACCAGAAGGUGAAUUGCAGCUUCUCAGACAAACACUGCUCAUAUUUUUUCAAGACAUGCAUGUUCGCGUGUCACUUUUCCUCAAAAAUCAAGUUCAGAAUCCCAACGGACGCUUUGCCAUGUCGACGUCAGGCCCAGUGCCUCAUGGGAUAGAGGUUCCAGGGCUUAUUAGGACGUUUGACAGAAAGGGCAGAGAGGUGAGACGGAGGGAGUUCCCCACUGGAGGAAGUUACACCAGCUCCGUCAGACAGGGAUGCUUUGAGCUGCACGGAGACAGAGUCAUCAGACUGGGCAUGAACAUGUACGGUGGGAACCAUCAAGAGGUGACGCACACAUCCCAGACUCCCUCUGUCAAGACGAACGACACCCCUAACCUGCUGGCCAAAGAGGAGCUGAACCUGCUGGCUCGUCUGAUGGGCAGCAUGAAUGCCGAGAACGCGCCUAAAACUGAAACCGGCUUUAGGAUCAACCUGUUCACUACAGACCGAGAGGAGGACGAGGCGGGAGCUUCGGAUGGAGCUGAGCAGUCCUUGUUUGGAGUGAUAAAUAUUCAAGCGAUGCAGGAUGAACAGGCUGCGUCUCAGCUGGCUCAGAUCGCCGGACAGUUUGCAGACAGUGAAGAGCAGACAGAAAAUCUCAGCAGCAGCAAAGGAGACGACCUGCUGGCCAUGAUGGACGACCUCUGACCCUGAUGUGUAGUUUCAAUAGGUUUCAUUUAUUGUUUCAACUUGACUGCCUAACUCAGGUUAAAUCACAUUAUCUGUUACUGUUUAACCUGUAAAAUAUGCAGUUGUUGAUGUAUUCACUUCUACACUUGGUUGAAGUAGAUUAGUGAGUAAAAUAAAUAUCCAAUGACUCAUAUACUGUAGCACCUAAAAUAAACUAUUUUGUAUUGUA